CGGGCGGGGCGCGGGCGGCGGCGGCAUGGCGGAGAGCGAGGCCGAGACCCCCAGCACCCCGGGGGAGUUCGAGAGCAAGUACUUCGAGUUCCACGGCGUGCGGCUGCCGCCCUUCUGCCGCGGGAAGAUGGAGGAGAUCGCCAACUUCCCGGUGCGGCCCAGCGACGUGUGGAUCGUCACCUACCCCAAGUCGGGCACGAGCCUGCUGCAGGAGGUUGUCUACCUGGUGAGCCAAGGGGCUGACCCCGAUGAGAUCGGCCUGAUGAACAUCGACGAGCAGCUCCCGGUCCUGGAGUACCCCCAGCCAGGCCUGGACAUCAUCAAGGAACUGACAUCUCCACGCCUCAUUAAGAGCCACCUCCCCUACCGCUUCCUGCCCUCCGACCUCCACAACGGUGACUCCAAGGUCAUCUACAUGGCUCGGAACCCCAAGGAUCUGGUGGUGUCUUACUACCAGUUCCACCGCUCGCUGCGGACCAUGAGCUACCGGGGCACUUUCCAGGAGUUCUGCCGGAGGUUCAUGAACGACAAGCUGGGCUACGGCUCCUGGUUUGAGCACGUGCAGGAGUUCUGGGAGCACCGCAUGGACGCCAACGUGCUCUUCCUCAAGUACGAAGACAUGCACCGGGACCUGGUGACCAUGGUGGAGCAGCUGGCCAGAUUCCUGGGUGUGUCCUGUGACAAGGCCCAGCUGGAGUCCCUGAGCGAGCACUGCCACCAGCUGGUGGACCAGUGCUGCAACGCGGAGGCCCUGCCUGUGGGCCGGGGGCGGGUCGGGCUGUGGAAGGACAUCUUCACCGUCUCCAUGAACGAGAAGUUCGAUCUUGUGUAUAAACAGAAGAUGGGGAAGUGCAACCUCACCUUUGACUUUUAUUUAUAGUAACAGAAACAGCAAACUUGCAUGCCCUCAGUACCCAGACGCUCUGCUAGCUAAAAGUCCGUAUGCAUUCAUUUAUUCCUUGCUGGACACACUCUGGAAGCAGCGUGUAAACAACGGGAAGAACCCAGCGGAGAACCCGGAGAAGGGUGCGGAUGCCCACCAGGCGGCGUCUCGCCCUCAGCAUUUGCAGUCUCUGCUGUGUACAAACCUCAUGGAGUGCAGUCCUGGUGGC